AUGUGGUUAUUACUCAUUCGGGAAGCAGACUGUGAUAGAGAUUCAGAGAUGUGGUUUGUUGUUAAUGGGGUACCGAUCCGAUUCUCAUUGAUGGAGUAUGCAUUAAUAUCUGGGCUAAAAUGCUCAGAAUAUCCAGAAGGUUGGGAAACUCAAGCUGAGUCAAAUGCAUUUAAAGAUAGACACUUUCGUGGGAAAGAAAUAGUUACCAUUGAUGACGUGAAGGCCAAAUUUACACAAAUGUCCAACCAAAACCAAAAUAAUAGAGUUCGAAGAAAUGUAAAUGUAAGUAACAAGGAAAUAUUAAAGAUGGCAUCUCUCUUGUUUGUCUCUGCGGCCUUAAUGCAUAGGAACAAAAGUUCUUCUAACAUCGACUCAUUAUUAUUGGGAUUGGUUGAUAAUUUGGACAUGUUCAACCAAUACCCUUGGGGGACUCAUUCUUAUGAGUAUGCAUUAAAGCAACUUCGGAAGGGACUGAAAGGAAAAGCAAAAUCAGUGCAUGAGAAAGCAAAGACGAUGUCGUCAUUCACCUAUUCAGGCUUUGUUCUUCCAUUAGCGGUAAGAAAAUUACCAUAUACUAAUGUCAGUUGA